AUGAGUUAAACGUCAAAAUAAAUAAAAUCAACUUGUGUUACAUUAUUUUUAUUCAUAUCAUCAAUAAAAAUUUCAAAAUUUAGAAACGAUUUAUAGCAGUGUCGUCUACAUUAUAUGUUAUAUUGGCUGAAUAUUUAUCGUUCAUCUAACGUAGUUAUAUGUCAUACGAGAAAAAAAAACUGUAAUGCGAGAAAUUUAAUAUAAGUGCUCUUUACAUUGUUCAACCGAAUAAAAUAAAAAUAACAAAAUGUCUGUAGUAGGUCCAGAGUUUUUUAGUUUUAUCAAAAAAUUAGAAGAUAAUGGUGAUAAAUUAACACCUGGUUCACCAAUAGAACAACCUCUUGAGUUUGAAUUCAAUAAUUCAAGUUGUUAUAUCUGCAAUGGAUAUUAUGGACCUAGCUUUGGGGAGCCAGUUUGUAUUACUUGCCAUGCAUUUCUGUUCCCUGAUUUCCCAUCUUAUUUACCAAGCUCAUACUUCUGUAGUGAAAAAACUGAUGAUGGAGACUCGGGUAAUGAUGAACCAUCAGACUUAAACUUUAGCUCUGAGCGAAAGAUUAACAAAGCUUGCCCUUUACCUGCUUGGUGGUACUACAGAAAUUCUCUUGACAGUGAGACAAGUCCUGAAGAUGAAACCAGUCGCACCAGCAACUCAGGGCCUUGUGCCAGUGGCAGUGGUAGUGGAGGUAGUGGAUCUGGACCUUCGUCAGCACCUAGAGAGGGGAUUGAAGAUUUAGUUGGGCAAGGCCACCCUCCUCAGCCGCCUAGUCUUUCAAGAUCACUUCAAGCACUCUCAACACCUCGCCUUCCUGAUAACUUAGCCCCAGGGCUUGUGGAACACUUACCAUCUGAAGUGCUGCUGUGCAUAUUCCGCUACCUGGACGACCUGUCGCUGUGCGCGUGCGCGUGCGUGUGCGUGCGCUGGCGGCGGCUGGUGGUGGCGCGCGUGCCGCCGCCGCGCUGGGCCGCCUUCGCCGCGCGGCGCUGGCCGCUGUUCCGCCCGCUGCUCGCCAACAUCGACUGGCAGAAGAAGUACCAGUCGCUUGUGGAGUCGUGUUUCUGUCGUAACUGCCUGGUGCAGAUGUGCGUGCAAGCUCAGCCCGCCGGAGACGAGAACGCUUGGAGACGAAACAGACUCAAAAUUGAACUAAAGAUGUUGCGCAACGAUCCCCCGGAGGGCAUCGCGGCGACUCCGUUGGACGCCAAGUGCUGCCACUGGCAGGCCAGCGUCACGGGGCCCGUGGGCUCCCCCUAUGAGGGCGGAGUCUUCUACCUCUACAUUCAAGUCCCUUACUCGUACCCGAUGAGCCCGCCCGUGGUGCGCUUCCUGACGCGCAUCCUGCACCCCAACGUGUCGCGCCACGGCGACGUGGGCAUCGACUCCGUGCACCACAACUGGUCGCUCGCCCUCACGCUCUCCAAGGUGCUCAUCUCCAUACAGAGCCUGCUCACUGACCCCUACACCAACGUGUGCAUGGAGCCCGAGGUGGGCGCCAUGUACGUGCGCGAGCGCGCGCGCUUCGAGGCGCUGGCGCGGCGCUGGACGUGGCGCUACGCCAUGCACGACGUGCUGCCCGCCUGAGCGCGCCGGGCGAGACUGCCGGCUGUGCACACCCGCCACGUCACUCUCAUCUGUGCGCGCCCGCCGCAUGCUAUAGACUGUGGCCUGUGCCCGAAUAAUAUAUGAUAGGCAUUUUACGAAUACCAACAAUGUAAAAACUGCUCUUAUGUUUUCAAACAGGACGUAAAGUUAAAAACUUAAAGUAACUUAUGCUCCAGAAAACAAGAGUCCGGUGGCUCUGUCUAUUAAUUUUUACACUAAAUGCUUGUAUUAGUUCAGGAACUCCAAAAGAAGGAUAUAUAAAGAACUACAGUGUGAAAGAUAAAUAAAAUUAAUAAAUGAGUCUUCAUACUUAAUAAAAAGUUUUUAAGCAAUA